AUGUCAACAGAAAUAUUUUACAUCAUUCGUCAACAAUUGGGUAAUAUUGGUAUACCAAUCUUAUUAGUGUCAGGAAAUAUCGGCAAUGUACUCCUUUUGAUUAUGUUCAUAAAAUCAUUAAAGCGCCACCCGAACUCGUGUUCGCUCUACUUACUUUUUGCAUCAUUCGGUAACUUGUUUGUUAUUGACACAGCGUUGAUAUCCACGUUCUACGGUAUGAACAAUGUAGAACCCACUCAUUUAUCGAAUGCCGUCUGUAAAUUACGCUGGUUCGGUGGUCACGCAUUAUUCAUGCUUAGCCGAUGUUGCAUGGUUGCAGCAUGUAUCGAUCGAUGGGCUGUGUGCUCCCAAAAUGUGAGGAUCCGAUCGCUUUGCCAAAUUCGUACAGCUAGAUAUGUGACUGGAGUUAUCGUACUGCUAUCUAUAAUCUUACCGGCUCCGUUAUUUCUCUACUACGACAAUGGAACCGGGCGAUGUAUUCUUUUGCCAACUUAUACACUAGCCUAUACAAUAUUUUCCUUUCUCGCCAUCAGUGUUAUUCCUUUGCUCUUAUUGAUCAUCUUUAGUUUACUGACCUGCCAUAAUUUGCAUUUGAUACAUUCGCGUGUUUUACCCACAAGCGGUACAGUUCAGAGUAUUCGCAUACAUAAACGUGAUCAUGACCUGAUGAAAAUGCUAGCUGGUGAAGUAGUUAUCUACUGUUUAACUCAAUCCACAUUUCCCGUAAAUACGAUGUACGGAUAUUUUACAAGUUUCUUCACGGCUAAUAAAAGUCAACUGCGAAUCGCUGUUGAAUCACUGAUCUCUUUUAUUAUUCACCCUAUUCUCUCGUUUACUUAUUGUUGUACACAGUUUUAUGUUUGUGCGCUAGUGUCAAAGAGCUUUCGCCGAGACUGUUCACAAUUGUUCCGUAAACAACCACCACCUGACACAGGAACAAGGCAUACCAUCCGAUUUGCAGAAAAUAAUCAUACUCGAAGUUAG